CGUUAUAACACAAAUAGAGAUCUGAAUCGCGACGCGUCGUUGCGCGUGUAUAUAAUACAAAAUAUCGCCCUCGCGCGACCCUCUCGAGAUUCCUCUACUUCAAAAUCUUGGAGAGAACGUGUCGCGAGAGAAGCGCGCAGGUAGAUGAGGAAGAGAGACACAAAACGAGAGAUCGGCAACAAAGAUCGAGAGACACGGCGAGAGGAUCUUUUUCGAAUGUGACAGAAAGAGAUGGUGAUAGCAGUCGGUGUUUCCAUAUACAUAUAGUGUGUAACUCCGUUCCGUCUCUUUUUCUCUGUUGCUGCGUCGACACCGUUCUUCACCCUCUCUACCCAUCUCCACCCCUCCCUGCUGCCCUCUUAAUAUGUCCCACCUACUCGUUCGUCCUCUUUACGCCACCCCGUUCCUCUAGCCCCACCACCGCCGCCGCUACCACCACCGGCUCUCUCUCUCGCAUUUUCCCCCUUGAAAUUCGCGUCGUCGUGAAACGUCGCGAGAAACCGUCAUCGUCCUUGCGUACUCGCGUACGCUCGCGGCUCCGCGGAGGCGCCGAGAGGCGGAAUUUACGUGUCAUGCCCCACCACGCUUACCAUCCUCUGUGGAUUUUCGCGUAGAUCUCUAUUAUGGCGUAGCCGCGGCGAAUCCUCUCACUCGCUCUCGUUUGACGUUUCUCGCGCUACCUCCGUGCCUGGGCCUCUCGCGGACGCCACCAACAGCUGUUUCGUCCGAUCGUCGCCCUCUCCUUCUGUUCGCAUAUCGUACAUAAAAUAGAAACAGAGAGAGAGAGAGAGAGAAAGAGACGAGAGAAACGCGAGAGAAAGACAGAAUUGGAAAAAGGUAGCAACGUGUAAAAUAAGUCGCAAGCACUGUCAAUUACUUAAAAUCUGGAAGGUUGACUUUGCAUACUUUGACAUUUAGGUAAAUAUUUGUGAUUUACUUGUCUUGUGAUAUUCACGGGAUUAGCAACAAAGAUGUCAGUAUUGAAUCAAAGCGGCGAGGAUGCAGUGGAAUGUCCUCUGUGUAUGGAACCGUUGGAAGUGGAUGACUUGAAUUUCUUCCCCUGCACUUGCGGAUAUCAAAUAUGCCGUUUUUGUUGGCACAGAAUUCGUACUGAUGAAAACGGUUUGUGUCCUGCAUGUCGGAAGGCCUAUUCUGAAAAUCCGGCUGAUUUUAAACCCCUUACUAAGGAAGAAAUAGCAAGAUUAAAAGCUGAGAAAAGGUUAAAGGAUCAACAACGGAAACAGCGAGUUACAGAAAAUCGGAAACAUCUAGCAAACGUGAGAGUAGUACAAAAAAAUUUAGUGUUUGUAGUAGGAUUACCAAUGCGACUUGCAGAUGCGGACGUUUUAAAGAAACACGAAUAUUUUGGAAAAUUUGGGAAGAUACACAAAGUCGUAAUUAACCAGAGUACUUCCUAUGCAGGGUCUCAAGGCCCCAGUGCUUCGGCUUAUGUUACUUAUCAACGUCAAGAGGAUGCUUUACGUGCUAUAGAGGCUGUGAAUAACAUUGUUGUGGACGGACGGACAAUAAAAACAUCAUUGGGAACGACGAAGUACUGUUCUCACUUUAUGCGAAACCAACCUUGUCCGAAGCCGGAUUGCAUGUACCUUCAUGAUCUUGGGGACCAGGAGGCGUCGUUUACGAAAGAGGAGAUGCAUCAGGGAAAACAUCAGGAGUAUGAGCGCAAACUUGUGCAAUCGUUACAUGCGCAUGCAUCUUCAGUGCAACGGAAACCAACACCAUCACCUCCUGUAACAGGCAGUAUUGUUAGAGAAAGCGGAACUAUAACUUCACAAACUAAAGAAGCGUGGCCUUCGUUGCAACCGGGACAAACAAAUAGCACACAAAUUAAUUGUAAAGAGAUAUCACCACCUGCGCAACAAACAUCACAACACAACAACGUAACAGGCGGAAGCGGCACCGUAGUACAACAACAAACUCAUAUAUCUUCCGGGGUGUCUACGCAUCAGCAGAACAACAAUAACAAGGGUGAAAGUGGUUUAGGUAUACGACGAGGUAAAAGUAACAGCGAAAGUAAGACCCAAGCAGCACGAAACAAGCAUAAAAAUAAUCAAAACAAAGAAAAACACGGAACUCGCACGACGUCGCGAUCUGAAUCGAGUUCAAUUAACACGCAAAAUAAUUCGCAGUCGCAAAUUAUCGGACAAAAAGACCUUAGAAACUUUUCCGCUGAUACAAAUGGUGAAAUGUUGCAAAAAUUGAGUAACAAGUGUAAAACGGAACCUCAGCAGCAACAGUCGCAGCAACCACAGUCGCAACAAGGUAGCAAAACAUCAAAAUUAGUUCAAUCACAGUCACACGAAAUUAAAGUAAAUGGUGCGUUGCAAAAUGGGGAACGUCGGCAUUCGGACAGUGAAACAGAUCAACAGCGUGAAAAUAGCACUCCAGCAAGUACAAUUUCAAGUACGGAAGACUCGAAUGUAAAUCAUCAAGCUGAACACUUGGCUGAAUCGAGUGAAGAUAGCAGCAGCGUUGCUGUUCUUUUGGGUUCAUCUCCAGCUAGCACAAAUUCAUCACAAGGUGCCAAUCAACCACCACCACCAGGACUACACAACGGAUCUCAGUUGCCACUCAAUCAUCGGUCACUCUUUCAGGCAGACAAUAACAGUUUCUUCAGUUCAAAUACUUUUCAGAAAAUACCAACCACCACUUCAAUGCCACCUAAUUCCCUCGCAGCAAACGCAAAUCUGGAUUGGACGAGCACGGGAGUGGCUUCGAUUCCCGACUCUUUACCGUCGGUUCAGACUAGCGAAGAUUGGCAAGCAGCUUUCGGGUUUCAGCCUGAAUCGUCUCGAACGAAUCACGUUAUAUCAAAACCUAGUCCAACUGAUUCACCGAGAGUAACAUUUAAUUCCGAAGGUUUUGUAGACGAAGAAGUUUACAUAAAUGCACCAAGUACCACCACACUUGCGGAAUUAUCGUCUAGUACUAUCACAUCUAAUUUUCUUGCAAAUUCACCCGCAUCUAAGUUUAUGGCAGAUUUUCAACAAAAUUCAUUACAACAAAGGCUUAAUAUGCAGGCACAACAAAAUCAAGAAAAUCGUGAAUAUAUAAAACAAAAUGGCCAUGCUACGCUGGACGAAGUACGGAAUCAUCGUGAUGCAAGCUCGGAUGUGAAAGCAGAUGACGAUUUAGGAUUUGAUCCUUUUCACGAAACGCAGAAAGCAUUAGCCGAAUUAAUGGAAAAUGAAUUGCAAAUACAACAACAAAGGAUAUUUCAGCAACAACAACAACAACAGCAAAGAGAACGAGAAGAGCAAAAUAGGGUACAGCAUCAACAAACUCUUGCGAGUCUUAGUCAGCAGCACUAUCCACAAGUUGCGCACAUCGCACAUCUGCAGCAACAAGCUCAGCACUUACAAAAUCUACAAGUGCUUCAGUCGCAUUCCCUGCUAUCUCGUCUUCCACAGAAUCUGUUACAAAGUGGCGCGCAGAGCCCUGCUCAGGCUACUGUGACGGCUACCAGUUUAGGACAACGUAGUCGUCUUCCACCACCUGGUUUCCCUGGUUCUACACCAAAUCACAUGAAUUCAUUCGGUCUCGGUAUACCACGACCAGCACCAACGAAUAGCGCUCUCUCCGGAGCACAACCUCCUCAACAGGGCGCGUAUCUUCCCAAUGGAAGUCCGCUUCUUAACACACAAACUAUUGGCAAGUGCGCAGGCGACACGGUCUAUACCUUGAAGGAUUGGUGUGAAAUUAAUAAUCAGCAACAACAACAGCAAUUCCAUCAUCAGACACUACAUCAAAAAGGAUGGAACAAUUUUGGAGCUAUUACAGAUUGGACUUCAAUUGAUCCAGCCAUAGUUACCUCGUCUAGGCCUCUUCCAUUCCAAACUACAAGCACAUGGCAAUUUCCUCAUAUUCAUCCUCAUACUGUGACUCAUAAUGCACAACAGGAACAGAACGCACCUGCUCAACAUUGGGCGAUGCAACCGCCUCCUGGCUUCGCUGCUGCACCCACUACCACCGGGCAAUUAAGUAAUUCACAGCCGAGCACAACCGCACAGCCGCACACUAAACUCAUCUCUACAGGAUCCGAAAUCGAGAACCUAUAAGUUUUAUGCGAGAUGAACGAGUCAAGGCAUCGUAAUGUUUCCGGAGAUGGCAGAUCACAUACAAAUCCAGCAAAUGAAAAAAAAAAAAAAAAGAAAAAAGAAAAAAACAAAAAACAAAAAGAAAGAAACUUGUUGACAGUCGAUAACGUAUGUUUUCCUAUAACACUUCUAUAUUUCAAUUUUAUUAAAAAAAACUUCAUUUAUUUGUGCAAGUUUACUCAAAUAAAAUAUCGGAACAAUGAGUUCGUGUACUCCUCGCGAUGUAAGCCAAGGUCAUAGAAUAUAAAUUGUCUUCACGAUAUUAUUACGAUAUUAUCACUUAUACGUUAUAGUAAAGUUUAUCAUAUUUAAAAAGUCUGGCUUUAUAGUCGGACGCAAAAUUUAUGUAGGGCGGAUCUAUUAAACAACAGAAAAAUGAAGAAAAUACUUAAAAUAAUAAGACGUGCUCGUGUUUGUGACUGCAUUUUUCCUUUUCUUAACAUUCUCAAUUUCAAAACUACUAGUUACUUCAAGAAACACAUUAUUAAAACUAAAAGACGACACACGCUGGAGAUACAUCCUAGUUUCAAGAUGGAGAUUAAAAUAUUUUGAAAAAAGAAUUUGUAUAUAUACAUGAAAAAAGUAAAUGCUACACAUGUUCGCAUUAAUUAUUUAAUUAAUUAUUUAAGGUAGAGCAUCCGCUAUGGUUAAAUAGAUUAAAAACCAUUGGUUAUAAUAUAAUCUUCGAUCAUGUCAAAAAACAAUUACAUACUACAUGAAUAUUUAUUUCUUGUUAGAGUAUGUUUUACCAUGCGUUUAUACAUACAUACAUUUUGCUGUUUUGCUAAUAUUGACUUUAUUGAUGUCAUGUUAAAAAGAAGUAAUUUUGCUUUCUGCAAAAAGAGAACUAGGAUUUAUCGUUAGUUUUUAUAAGUCUUUCAUCGCUGCUUUUUGUGCACGUGUUACGACUAUUAUCAUCGUUACUAUUAUCAGUAAACACACACACACACAAGAAAGAUUACUUGGCAAAUAAUUUUUCUUAUUGAUAAAACCGUGAAACUGAUGACGUACUUGUCAUAUAUUGAAAAUUUUGUGUAACGACAGGCUCGUUAUUAAGAAAAAAACAAAUUGUCUUAAAAAUUUGUUAACUCAAUUUGUCAAUCAGUUUUUAAUGAAUAUCUUAAUUUAUAGUCUUAUUGUGAAUCGAAAAGAUUGAAUAUACUGGUCUUGACAUUAAACAACCUUAUUCUGUACUAACCGAAAGAGAAUAGUGACAUUUCUAAUCUAUACGAAAGGACAAGGCAAUCGAUAUAUGAUUAUCAAUGUUGAUAAUUAAGGAAAACUACGGAUGGCUGUUCGAAGAAAGAACUUAACGACGCGACGAUAAAUUUUACGUGCGAGGUGAUAGAAAACAAGAAAAGUAAAGAAAUAAUUAACACUAUGUACGGUAAAAAAAAAAAAAAAAAAACAAUGCGAGUAAUGUCUGAACGAUGUACCACGAUGUACAUAAUGACGAGAAUAAUGUUAAAUGAAAGUUAUUCCCGCGGCAGAUUGAAACACAGCUCUGCUGUUUUAGAGGCGAAUAACGAAAGAACGUCACAUAUGCAAAAGAACGCGAACGAGAUAUAAAAAA